AUGGACGCCGUCUCUCAGCCGCUGCUGAGAUUUUCUUGUGACCCAGCCUACCUGUACCCAGACGGCCGGGAUGACAACCCAGACCUCUCGUGGGCCGCGCAAGCCGCCCCCGAAGACCACAUCAAGGUGACCCGGGAGCAGUACGAGAUCUACUGCGAGAUGGGCAGCACGUUCGAGCUGUGCAAGAUCUGCGCCGAGAACGACAAGGACAUCAAGAUCGAGCCGUGCGGCCACCUGCUCUGCACGCCCUGCCUCAGCUCCUGGCAGGACUCGGACGGCCAGGGCUGCCCGUUCUGUCGUGCCGAGAUCCGCGGCACCGAGCAGAUCGUGGUGGACGCGUUCGAGCCGGGCCGGCCGGGGCCGCGCGUGCGCUGCGUGCGCCGCGAGUACCCGCCUCCGCGACCGCCGCCUCCGCCGCCGCUGCCGCCCAGCAUCCACAGUCCGGCUGAGAGCGACGACGAGCCCUCGGUGCCGCUGUACCCGUUCCUGGAGGCGCGCUCCUCCCGGCUGGCCGACGUGGGCCGGCUGCCGGCGCCGCCCUCGCACCAGCUGUCCUCCGUCGAGGCGCAGCAGAUGACGCGAGUGGACUCGGACUCCGGCGAGGCACCGGCCAGGCUGCAUCCAGAUUUUGCUGCUGCUACGUAG